AUGACGCUAGAUAGUGACAAACAGGGCCAAGAAAAAAAUGAAAACCACGUGAUGAUAAAAAACAAAGAUAUUAAAAAUAAGUACACGCAAAAUGAAGAGGGAGAAAAAAAAAAAAAAGAAAUUUAUGGAAAUUACUCUACAGAGAGAAGAAGAAGUAACAGACUUUUGAAUCGAAAUGGAAAUAAAACCACACUUAAUGAGAAAAGGUCGUCUAUUCGAGAUACAACUAGUAGUGAUAAAUUAAACAAUAGCAACAGGAAUGGGAAUAAAACUCAAGGAAAAAAUACAAGCUUAAAGUCAAUUUUCAAGGUUAAACUUAAGGAAAAUGCUCUAGAUAGAGAUAAAGACAAAUGGAAAAAAAGGAGCUCUCAAAAGUGGAGUGAAGAAUACACAGGCAUGCAAAGCAGAAGUAGUAGAGAUCCCAUUAUUGUGAAUAGAACUGAAGCAACAAAUGAUAAAAAAGAAAAUACAAUAAUAUUUGGAAAAAAUAGUCCACUAAUUAGUAAACAUGAAAAAAGUCAAAAAGAGGGCAAUAAGAAAAUUGAUAACAAAGUACUAGAAUUAUUAAAUCUGAAAAAAAAUGUACUGAUAAACAAGAGUAGUAUGAACUCAAAAAAGACAAGAAUAAAGGGAAAAUUCAACAAUAAGAAUUCUUACAAUACAAUGAUGAUAAAAGAAAAAAAAUGUCAAACUAUGAUAAAAAAGUCAACUAUCUUAUCCAAUAAAAAAGAGGAAUCAAAAUACAGUAAAAAUAACAACUCUCACACGGCAUGCAAAAUGAGAAUUAAAAAUAAUAUUCAUGCUAAGGAAAAAAAUAAACUCGAAAAGGGAAAAUUGUCAAUUGUGAAUGAUAACCAAAUGAAUGAUGAAAUAAAAAAUGGAACAAAGAUUGACUCAAACGAUGAAAUAUUUUUGCAGAAAAAAUUAAAAUGUAGGGAUGCAACCACAUACACGAAUGGAAAAAAUGAUGUAACUAAAAUGAAUUGUACAAUGGAUAAUCCUAAAAAACAAAGGAAAAAAAUGAUCGUAAUCAAGAAUAAGCAAAUAAAAAAAUCCAUAAAUGAAUUCAUAAAAAACAACACUCUAAAUAAUAGUAAUUUUACCCCCAAUAACAAGUACAAUAUAUACAGUUAUGGGAGGGGGAAAAAUGCAUUUUACUCUUUAGAAAGAAUCAAUAUGACAAGUAAUGGAAAUGAUAAACGAAAUGUUGAAGAAAAUAAAAUAAAGUUAAAUGGAAUAUCAGAAGUUAUAAAUAUUAAAAAGCAAAAAUUUGUUAUAGGUUCUUCGAGUAGAAAAUGUGAUUUAGUUUUAAGAGGAAAUAUUGAAGGAGAACAAUGUGAAUUAAUUUGCAAAUGUGUAGAAAAAAAUAUUAAUCAUUCCAGUGAUAUAAACAAACAAAUUAAUAAAUAUAAUUUAUUUAUUAUUAAUAAAUCAAGAAGCAAUUCUACCUUUCUUAACAAUUCAGUUGUUGAUAUUGACCAAGUAAAAGAUGAAGAUAGUCUAUUCUUAGGUAUAGAAAACAUCGAAAAUAAAAAAAAUGCUAAAUAUAUUUAUAAAAUUAAAUACAACAAAAUGGCGAAUAUUUUUAAUAUAAAUAAUUUAUGUAUUUAUAGUAAAGACAAUUGUAUACAUAACAUGACAAUUACAAAUUCAGAAAAAGAAAAACGCAGUAAAAUUGUGUCAAAUAAUUUUUCUCUAAAUAAUCAAAAUGAAGAAGCAGAAUCUAAUAUAUCUAUUUUGAUAUUUUUAAUUAUUAAUCAUAAUUCUGUAUCGAAUGAGUCGAUAUAUUAUAUGAAUAAUUUGAAUUCCUUUGCUAAUCUAAAUAUUACUCCUAGAAAGAAUAAUGUGGAAGACACAAAAAUUACUAAAAAUUCUACAUCUAUUAAUAAAAUGAUAAAAGAAGAUUCUCCCAAUACUCAAUUUAAUGAAAGUAUUAAAAAAAUUAACAAAAUUUGUCAAAGUAGAAUUUCUCCAUUAUGCAUAAAGGAUUCAAUUAAAAAAGAAGAAAAAGUCAAGGGAAUAUUUAAAAACAUCAAUCAUACAAAAGAACUACCAGUAACCUUGUUAAAUGCUUGUGUUGAGUUAUGUAAAGAGAUAAAUAAAAGUGUAUCAAAGGAAUGUCCUACUCAACGGAGCAUUUACAUUAAUGCUGGUACUCCAAUUUUGAAUAACUCAUCAUCAACUUCCACACCACAAAAAUUGAAACCAUCUCACCUCGCUCAAAGUGAACAUAACAAAAUGAAGCAUAUGAAUCACAUGAGCCACGUGAACCAUGUGAGCCACAUGAGCCAAAUAAAUCACAUGAGCCAUAUGAACCACAUGAGCCAUAUGAACCACAUGAGCCAUAUGAACCACAUGAACCAUAUGAACCACAUGAACCAUAUGAACCACAUGAACCAUAUGAACCACAUGAACCAUAUGAACCACAUGAACCAUAUGAACCAUAUAUGUAACAUUUUUAACACCAGUUUUUCACCCAUUCGACAUGACGUGGAUGUGCCACUCAGUCAUCAAAAAACAUAUGCAGAUCAGGCAAGCAUUUGGAUCAGUGGUACCAAAAGUUUAGUGGUAACAGAAAAGGAAAAAGAUAAAACUUCGAGCAGUUACGGGAAUUGUAUACAGAAUAAGGAGUUCACCCAUGGCAUUCGACCCGAAGGUCCAGAUGCAGCCAACGUUUGUGAAGAGAAAGCUUUGCACACGAAUCACUACAAUUCAGAAAAUGUGAAAUCGAGUUUGCACAAAACAGAGGAAGAGGGAAAGGAUGCAGAGAAGACUGAAAAGGCGGAGGAGGAGAAUAUGCUUGCAAGUAAUGAAAAUCAUGAAGGAAAAAAUAUUAUAGAGAAAGAGGGGCCAAGUGGAAAAAAUGAUAAAAUAUGUUAUUUGAAAUCGCACGACAUUAGAAAGAAUAGUGUUUGUUGCGAAGCACCCACAGAACAUCAUCUUAUAAAGACUUCUUACAAAGAUAUGGACACACAAGAUGAGAACAAAAUUGAAAGGGGGAGAGGGGAAAAAAACAAAGAAUUAAACACAGAUUUUAAUGAGAAUUUAAUGGUAACCCCGACAAAAAGUGGCAAAGUAACAGACAACAAUCAGGUAAUGUUUUAUGAUUGCAAAGAUGAACAGGUGGGGAAUGAGGGUACAUAUAAGAGAAUAAAAACUUCUGAAUCAAGUGAAUUUAUAAAAAAAACAGAAAAGGAAUUAUACUCCUUUUUAUAUUCCAAAAGUAGUGAAAACACAUCAAAUGGUACAAAUAAUGAUUUCAUUUUAUGUUUAAAAAAUGAACAAGGAGAAGAAAGAUAUCUCAAAGUUAUCGGAGAAUUAAAGGUAAAAAGGAACACCCUUUUAUCAGUUAUUAAACAUAAUAUAGAUUUAAAACUUCUGGACAAGUCUAUUGAACUUACAACUCUUAAUAAAAUGAAUUCCUUAAAAUAUGAAUCCAUUUCUACAAAAAAAUACUCGAUUUAUUUAAAUGCCUUUUCUGAUAAAUUGGAUGAAUCAAAGUUUGCAGAAUUCUCAGCAUUGCACCUGGAUUAUAUUGACAGCACAAAUUUUUCACACUUGGACACUGUGGAACCCAUUGAAUUGAAAAAAAUGUUAUUUAUAAAGCAUGACGAGGAAUAA